AUGCCAACUCUACUAAGAGCAGGGCUGCUUUUAGCACUCGAUUACUUCAAGGUGUCGACCGAAUGCUGCACAUCAGGCGAGCAAUCUGACUUUUGCCUCGUCUACAACAUGCUUGCACCUGUCGAACAAGCUGAAGUAAUGAGUUAUUUAGGUGGAACAUGCAGUGGGGAUGCUGACGAGGCGCUUAGACUCAUGGAGAAGCGAAAACCAAACUUCAUGCGUUUCGGAAGAAGCAAGUUAUUGAGUCUUUCAUUCGGAAAGAAGGGUUCUGAUCCCAACUUCUUGCGAUUCGGGAGAAGUCAUCCAAACUUCCUGAGAUUCGGAAAAGCGGCGGACAAUCCGAACUUCCUUCGUUUUGGCCGAGCUGGUGCCGAUCCUAACUUCCUUCGCUUCGGCAAGCGACCAGCCGAUCCAAAUUUCUUACGUUUUGGUCGAAAGCCAAACUUCCUUCGCUUCGGAAGGUGA